AUGUCUUACGCUCCAGACGGCCGCCUGCUCUCGCCUGGAGAGGUGUACGAGGAGGCACCUGCCCCCGUCGUUGACGAGGAGUGGCAGGAAAACCUAAAUGUCCACCUCAUCUGCCCAGACUGCCAGGAGUCGCCCCCAAACCUCGUCGAAGAGUUCAGCGCCGGUGACACCAUCUGCGGCUCCUGCGGCCGCGUUCUCGCUGACAGGAUCAUCGACACUCGCUCCGAGUGGCGUACCUUCUCAAACGACGACCAGGGCAACGAUGACCCCUCUCGUAUCGGUGACGCUGCCAACCCGCUGCUCCACGGCUCCCAGCUGGCCACCGAGAUUGGCUUUGGAGACGGUGGCCUGCGAGUGCGAGAGUUGUCGCGCGCACACAAUAAGUCGAACCAUGACAAGGCCAAUAAGGCACUGCAGGCCGCCUAUGGCCAGAUCAGUACCCUGUGCGACUCCCAAAACAUCAAUAAGACUACGGCAGAGACAGCCAAAUACCUCUUCAAGAUGACGGAUGAUGUCAAGCUCUUCAAGGGCAAGUCGCAGGACGCCAUCAUUGCCGGCUGCAUCUUCAUUGCCUGUCGCCAGCAUCGCCAACAGCGCAGCUUCCGCGAGAUUUUCAAGAUGACCAACGUAUCUAAGAAGGAGGUGGGUCGCACAUUCAAGGCCCUCGAGGCCUAUCUACAAAAGACUCAAAAGGAAAAGACGGGUCCCACAGUUGCAGGGAACGGAGCGGUCAUGGAUACGACCAAUCUUCUCUCCACCGACGAGAACAGGAGCACCAGCGCUGCCAUGCUCAUGCCUCGCGCCUGUGCCAAACUUGGCCUUGGCACCAAUGUCCAGAUCGUCGCCGAGCAGUGUGCUGAAGUCGUAUCACGCGAAGGCAUUGCAGCUGGACGCUCGCCGCUCUCCAUCGCCGGUGCCUGUCUUUAUCUCGUAUCGCACAUCAUGGGCCAUCCAAAGACACCAAAGGAGAUUGGUGCUGCUGUCGAAGUCAGCGACGGUACGAUUCGAACGGCGUACAAGCUCAUGUUUACUGCCCAAGACAAGAUCAUCCAGCAAGACUGGGUCGAAAAAAAGGGCGCUGACCGCACAAAGCUUCCCACUGCUUAG